AUGUCCUACCUUCACCUAAGCUUCUAUUCAGCCUUCACACUAAGCAGCCUGGGCCUAGCCUUCCACCGAACCCACCUGAUCUCAGCCCUACUAUGCCUAGAAAGCAUAAUAUUGUCCAUAUACAUUGCCCUAGCUAUAUGACCCAUUCAAAUGCAAGCACCAUCAUCCACUAUUCUCCCCAUUAUCAUAUUAACCUUCUCUGCCUGCGAAGCAGGCGCGGGGCUGGCUCUAUUAGUAGCCUCUACCCGAACCCACGGCUCCGACCUACUACACAACUUCAAUCUCCUACGAUGCUAA